UCCGCUUGUUUGUUGAUGUUUAGGGGCUUUGUUCGGUCCAUAAACCCGGCUUGGGGGGCUUCUGAGGCGGCAUGUCGGUGCUGAAGGAGAACCAGAGCUACGGACUGUCCAGUGGGAAGCUCCACCGCGGCGCUAACGUCUCUGUUUUUCACGUUAAACUCACUGACAGCGCGGCAAGAGCCAUCGGCUCUUUUCAACACGACAAGGGUUGUUCUUCCCGUCCCACCAUCUGUUUCAAUGGCAACAAAGGGAGAAUCUCCAUCCCCUGCUCAGAGAACAGAGAUGAAUUGAGGAUCUUCACCUUCGGUGUGACGAACGUCGCCCGGGAUAAUCCUCAUGGAAGCUUCGAUUGCGUCCAACAGCUCGGAUCUCGUGCUGCCGAGGAGCUGUCAUGUCUCGGGGUGAUUCAGAAAAAGAUGACAGUCAACGCCACGGAUGACUCAUACGAUAAGGCUCGUCAGAGCAUGGCUCAAGCUGAGGAGGAGACGCGCAGCCGAGGGGCCAUUGUCAUCAAACACGGGGGGCGCUUCCAGGGUAAGAAGGUGACGGUGCGAGCUCCGGCGCCGGCGCUGGCCAGUCUGGCCAAACCCCAACACACGUCUCUGCUCAGGAACGUCAACAAGCGUCCCCAGGUGGGCGCGUCCAAGCCGAAGAAAGCCGCCAGCGCUCCAAACGGGAAGCUGGAGGGCGAGCUGCAGCAGAGGCCUCUCGGGGAGAGAGUCAGACACCUGCUGGCUCUGAGGCCCUACAAGAGGCCGGAGCUCAUCCUGAGGCUGCAGAGAGACGGACUGACGCCCCGAGACAAAGACCUGCUGGACUCGGCACUCACGGAGGCUGGCCAGCUCAAUAUUCGGGACAAAACAUUUGUUCUGAAGGACAACCUGUACAAGGAUCUGCAGAAGGACUGGCCCGGCUACAGCUCAGGAGACCGACUGCUGCUCAAACGGAUCCUUGUCAGGAAACUGUUUCAGCCUCAGCAGAACCUCCUCAGCGUCCCGGAGGCCCAGGUCAGUCCCCUGAGGGACACCCCCAACUCCUCCCCAGCUCACCGUCCCAAACACUUGCUGCCGGAGGAAACCGAAUACACCGACCCCCUGUUGAGUAAGAAGCCCAGGAUAUCCCACCUAUCGAGCAAAACGGCCAGCGACAAGCCGAGAGUGGCGCCGUCAGAACCAGCAGCUCAAAGAGACGUGAGCGAAGCGGCGGGGAACGACCAGCAGAGGAACUCCAUCGACUCUCGGACGCUCAUCGACUCGCUGUCGGCCGUCUGUCAGCAGGAGGCUGAAGUGGCCAAGAGGCUCGGGGCGACUCCCGGCGCUCAGGAGGAGCCUGAAAAACCAGCAGAUCCCUCUAAAGACAAGUGUGAUCGCCCUCCGUCCCCCCUGUUGGUGCCUGACCUGAACAGACACAAAACCAAAAGGAAGAAGAGCAAACACAAACACAGAGAUCAGGAGAAAGAUCGGUGGAGAGACAGGAAAGAAAAGAGAAAAGAUCAACGAUCAGAAGAUCCAAAUGAUGACGUCUCCGUCGAUGAGCCGAGUGAAAUGUUGUUUGACUCCAGUGAGCUUCAAGCGGACAAAGACUCAGCCGACUAUCUACUAAAGUACACAGCGAUCUGCAGCCAUGAGCAGAGACAGAGCUACAAGCAGGACUUUAACACCGAGUACAGCGAGUACCGAGAUCUACACGCUCGUAUCGACGAGGUGACGCGACAGUUCAUGGAGCUGGACACGCAGCUCAAACAGCUACACCACGAAUCACACAAAUACAAGACGGUUCGAAAUCAAAUUCUUCAAGAGUAUCGCAAAAUUAAAAAGUCCAACCCCAACUACAGCCAGGACAAGCAGCGCUGUGAAUAUCUGCACAACAAACUGUCUCACAUCAAGCAGCUGAUCUCACAGUACGACCGCCAGCAGCUCUGACCGCCACACCCCUCAACUAGGAGAGAACAAUCAUCUAAACCCUGAGACACGGAGCUGAACGCCACAAGGCUGGACGUCUACCGUCUCCACGGCAACACCGAGUCUCACCAGACCUGCUGGACAAGUCUCUGAGGUUGGAGUCACUAGUUUAGAGCAGCCACGACUCGCUGGGAACCGCAGAACUAUAAUAUGAGAUCUUUUCUUAGAAGAUGGAGGCUUGACCAAUGCUUCCCUACAAAGUCUAACUGCAGUAAUUACAUUUAUGGUCAAAAUUUGUCAUUAUUAUAACUAAAAAUUAACUUCUUUAUGUCUGUUUUAUCUUGUUACAAAGUUUUAGAUUUCAAUUUUGCUUUUUUUCAGAGAAAUUAUGAUAUAAAAACCACAAAAUCCAACUCAAAACCAAGCAGUAAUUGCACUUACUACAGUCUGCUUUGGAUAUAUAUUUACUAAUUUAAACAUAAAAAUAAUAUAAAUCAUAAGUUUAUUGGAAUAUUAUCUAGAUAUUGAUGAAGUAAAAAAGUAUUAAGUUAAUAUUAGUAGUAUUAAGUCUAAAAUACACAAAUCUUUGAAUAGAUUUAUAAAAUGUUAAAAUAAUCGUUCGUUGCAGCCCUAGAUAUAUAUACUAAUUUAUUAUAAAAAUAGUAGAAAUUAUAGUGAGAUUAUCGUGAGAUAAAAUUAUAUUAAGACUAAAAUAUAACAUUACUUUAUAGUAUUAAGUAAGGUCACGAUACUAACGUUUUCAACUCGAUACUCGAUACCAUUUUCGAUACCACAAGAAUAAAAACAAAGACCCCAAAAUUUAACAGAAAUAUUUUUAUUAACAAGAAAAAUGCAACGUGUAAAAAUUAACAGAACCACAGGUUAAAUAUUUAUAAUAAAAAUCAGUUGUGCAAAAAGAAACUGCAACUAUGAUAACAAGCUUCAGAUACUCGAUACUUUAGAAAAUGAGUAUUGUAUCCGGAUACAACGUUUUAGUAUCAAUACUUUUUUGAGUAUCGAUACUUUUAACAACCCUAGUAUUAAGUCUAAAAUACACAAAUCUUUGAAUAGAGUUGUUAAACAAUUUUAAAUACAUUUAUAUUAAAAAAAAUCAAUUUGAAAAUGUUUAUUUACUGAAAACUAAAUAUAAAAGCUGAAAGAAGACAACAACAUUAUAGUUACUUCUCUCUGUUUAUCAUUACUAUUAGAGCCUUUUACAGCAAAACCAGAGUGCAGUAACUACAUUUUUGGGGUCAAAGGUGAAAAAAAAUCAUGAUUUUUGAGCAUAAAAAUGACAUCAAUACAUGAAGAAAUGAGUGUCAUAUCACUUAUAUACCUAUAACUAAUUUGGCUGGCCAGUUAAAAAACAUUAAAUCAUUUUUUCUCAGUUUAACCCUUUGUGUAUUUACUGCAGUUAGACUCUGUUAGACAGAAUAAACGUGGACUAGAUGAUUCUGCCAAAGACACGACGAGUGUUGAAGCUAAACGAAGCUCUUCUACGAGGUGCUAAGACUUCAAACAUUUGUAAAUUCCCAUCCUCUGUCAUAGUUUUUGUUUGUGAAUUAAAUCGAUUUGGAUAUUUGCUGAUGUGUUCUAUUCGCCGUGUCAGCAUUAAGCCAGAAGCUCGUUGUACAGACGGCUGUGAUGAGAUGUUCAGAUCCUGAGAAGAAUCUGUUGUUUUGGUUUCAUGGAUUGAGAAUGUAUCAGUGUUGUUGUGUCAGUUCUCCUCAGUUCUCCUCGUCUGCUCAGUAAUUACUCCUCAAAGUAUUGCCAGGGCCUGAUAUGGUUUCUACGGUGGCCCUGAAGUGCAAAUCACAACGGCAAAUCAGAAAACACAACAACAAAUCAAGAAAACACAACAAAUUAAAAAAACACAACAGCAAAUCAGAAAACACAACGGCAAAUCAAAAAACACAACAAAUCAGAAAACACAACGACAAAUCAAAAAACACAACAGCAAAUUAAAAAAACACAACAACAAAUUAAAAAAACACAACAAAUAAAAAAAACACAACAAAUCAAGAAUCACAUCAACAGAUCAAAAAACACAACAACAAAUCAAAAAAACAACAAAUCAGAAAACACUACAACAAAUCAAAAAACACACAACAAAUCAGAAAACACAACAAAUCAAAAACACAACAACAAAUAAAAAAACACAACAACAAAUCAAAAAACACAACAAAUCAGAAAACACAACAAAUCAGAAAACACAACAGCAAAUUAAAAAAACACAACAACAAAUCAAGAAGAACAACAAAUCAAGAAACACAACAACAAAUCAAAAAACACAACAAAUCAAAAAACACAACAACAAAUCAAAAAACAAAACGGCAAAUCAAAAAAAACAACAAAUCAAAAAACACAACAAAACCGACACGACAACGACAUUAACCAAUCCAUAUUCCUUUAAACAUCUACAUCUCGGCAUGUUCGUUUGUUUAUGUUUGUCUGGCGGUGUUGUCCUUCUGGUUCAAAGGACUUUUUUGAUUUGCUGUUGUGUUUUUUGAUUUGCUGUUGUGAUUUGCACUUCAGGGCCACCGUAGCUUUCCCAUUCUGGUCUAAAAUCCCAGUAUUCUACUGGAGUUAUUCCUCAUGUGGCGUUCCUGGAUCAAAGGACGGUUAUGUUGAACACAAUGUGAAAUUGUACUAAAAGAGCAACGGGAACAACAAUGUGAGCUGCAGAAAAAGUUGAUAACUGGCUUUAUUUAUACAGGAAGUUCUGGAGUCGUUGUUACUGUAGGCUGAGAUGGUGAAGAAUUAAAAAUAAAAAGGUUUUGUUGCAUGCUGUGUACUUUACAGAAUGCAUGUGGAAUAAAUCAAAGUUUUGUCUAUUUCAAAUAAAUUCAUUUGUACUGA